CCCUAUCGAUAGUAGGAUUGUGGUACGUGAUUCUUAUGCCGGCCAUUCGAUUUCAUCCUGCGAUGCUGAUGGCACUGAUGGAGAGAUGGGAUCCUGACACCUCUACCUUUCACCUUCCGGUAGGAGAGCUGACGGUCACACUCGAGGAUGUGUACCGUAUACUGCGUCUUCCUAUCAGAGGAGCGACAGUCACAUACACGACUGAUCGGGUAGCGGAGGAUCAUCAGAGGGAGCAGAUGUAUUGCAUAGGGAGAGUCAUGCCGAGCGAGACGAGAGGCCGUAUCAUGGUCAGCUGGCUCUUACAUCCUACAGGGGAGAUACCACUUCUGAGACGCCUCAUGAUAGCCAUCAUAGCACUAGCUGUCUGCCCUAAUGGGCGAGGGACACACAUGCACGGGGGCCUCACAUGGUGUAUCAGAGCGAUGGAGAGACACAGGAGAGUGUAUGCCUGGGGUCGGAGUAUGCUUGCGCAUCUCUAUCACGACCUAGAGGAGUAUGUAUUCGGACAGGGUUGUAGUUUGAUGACAUGCACACUUCUGCAGGUGUGGAUCUUAGAGCACGUCACAUGCACCAGGCCCGUCGGCUUUCCACUGAGUAUAGCGAGCGAGCGACCUAGGGUGUUCGCUUAUCCACUGACCAGCGAGUGGAGAUUUGGAGAUUUGUUAUAUUGGAGAGUGAUUAUUGACAGACUGACAUCCAAGGUGAUAGUGUGGAGACCUUACCUACUGAUGCACAGAUGGGAUGGGAUGGAGAGACAGUUAGCAUGUCUACAGAGGAACCGCCUACUGCGAGGACGAUAUGCACACAUCAUAGUCCCUUUCUACUUUGAUUGAGUACGGAGGCAGUUCGGACUAGAGCAGUGUGUUCCAGCCGAUGUGCCCAUCUAUACUCGACACUCACGGGUCCAUCCCAGACCUAGAGCAGUAGCGAGACCGACGGUAGAUGAUAUCGAGACGACAAACUUAGAGGGAUCAGAUCAGGAUGUAGUCACUGACUAUUCUGCAGAGCCUGGAGCACAGCGCAGAUAUGUUUCAUGGUUCAUGAGAUCAUAUCCAGGUCCUAUCUUUCCACCAGAUCAUCCGACAGGCUAUCCAGGCCCAUGGAGACAUGGAGACCGAGACGAGGACGAGGGAUCCAGGUCAGAGGAGUCAGAGGAGGGAGAGGAUCAUGAGGAGGCGGAAGAUCCUGAUCCACCUACAGGCGAUCAGCCCAGUGACGAGGAGGAGGAGGACGAGGAUGCAGAUAGAGAGGAGGACGAGGAGGAUGCAGGUGAUGACGCGGAUGAGGACGAGGAUGAUGAGGACGAUGAGGAGGAGGAUAGAGAUGAUGAGGAGGAGUCAGAUGCAGCUCCCCACCAUUCAAGAGACGAUACCAUAGCUCUGGAUCCACCUCUUAUUCCCCAACAGGGGGAACAGGAGGCGAUACGGAGACCUGUCACCAGUACCGUCCAGCCUACACCCAUCGUGGAUAGAGUAUAUGAGCGAGGGGAGCCUAGCGGUUCUCAGUCACAGAUACUACCAUAUCAUGAUCCCUACUGGCGCGAGGGAGAUCCAGCUAAUGUGCAGGAAUGGCGUUCCUUGAUUCAGCAGGCAAUGACAGACAUUUCCAUGAUAGCACAGAUCCCCAGUUCCUCAUAGAUUGCCUAUAGGCCUCAGGGGAACGCAGGUCGGCAUGAGAAUUUGUUUUUCCCAUUCCGAGUACAGGUAGAUAUAUGGAGGGAGAGAGAGAGAGUCCUAUCAGAGGACCUCCAGCAGGCGCGACAGAGAGAGAGAGUCCUAUCAGAGGACCUCCAGCAGGUGCGGUGGGACCUAGUAGCGGCUCAGACCGAAGCUACCACCUAUCGUGCGAUCCUUAUGGAUAGGGAUCGUAGGAGUUCCUCUCGGAGUCACUCACGAUCUGUAUCGCGCUAUACACCCAUGGGUCCACCUCCACGGCCAGAUCAGGAGGGAGCAUCCAGUCGACACUCUCCAGCCACUAGCCCUAGAGAUAGGAGAUGAUUGUAUGAUGUAGGAGAGGUCACAUUUUGGAUGUACAGUGACCUAUGUUUGUAUACGA